AUGUCAAUACAAACAUCAACAACACAUCAUCAUCGUUCUAAACAUCGAUAUGUAUUAACUUCACGUGAUUGUACCGUAUGCGGUUCAAAAGCAGUUGGUAUUAAUUUUGGUGUACUUACAUGUGCUCCAUGUAAAGCUUUUUUUCGUCGUAAUGCUCGUCGAAAAGAUGUUCUUCAAUUACCGUGUCAACUUGUAGAUUCUAAUUCUUCAAUAUAUGAAAAGAAACAUCAAUAUAAUGAUAAUAAUAAUUUAAAUAUGUGUUCUCAAAUACGACAUUGUACAUCAUGUCGCUUACGUCGUUGUUUUGUUGUUGGUAUGAAAGUAGAAUUAGUUCGAACAGAUGAAGAAAAACAACGAUAUAAAGAACUUGUUGAAAUGAAUCGCCAACGAAAACAAGAGUCAAUAAAAUUAUCAGAAAAGAAAUAUCUUAAUAUUGCUCGAUUUAUUGUAUCUAAUGAAGAAUUAUUGAACGAAACCGAUUGGAGACUUUUAUCAAAUAUUGUUUAUGCUUAUGAUAAUUAUUGUUUAAAAAUGUUUACACAAGCUCGUCAAACUAUUUUUAAUAAUGAAAUCAAUUUUUCUGAACAACCUUUAUCAAAAAUUAAUCAUCAUACAGCAAUGCGUCUUAAUAAUAUAACAUCAUUUUUAUCUUUUCUUUUAUCCAUACCAAUAAUUCAAACACUUUCAAUUUCUGAUCGUUAUUAUUUAUGUAAACAUAAUAUUCGUGCAUUAAUUUUGGCCAAUUUACAUGAAAUUGAACAAACAUGUUUUACUGAAUCAUGGCAGGUAAAUAUUGAUAAUACAGCAGCAGAAUAUGUUUAUGGAAAAGAAUUAUUUGCUGCGUCUGUUCAAAUUAAAAAAAAAGCUGAAUCAAUAUUAAUAACUGAUCCAGCAGUAACACGUCUUUGGUUACUUAUAUUGUUUUUUUCUACUCCUCUUCUUUGUUACUAUGAUCAUUCAUUACCUGAUUUAUCAUAUGAACAUCGUUUAGAUCUAAAUAAAAUUCAACAUUCAUUUAUUAUUUUAUUAUGGAAUUAUUUAUCACAUCGUCAUGGAUAUUUUGAUGCUGUUCGAAUUUUUUCAAAUAUUAUAUGUAUUUAUUUACAAAUGCAACGAAUUUCUCGAGCAAUAAAUCAUGAAAUACGAACACGAAAUGAUUUAGUAGAUGUAAAUCAAGCAUUGAAUCGGGCAAUAGCAUUUGAAAAUGAUAUAUUGAGUAGUUAA